AUGGCAGGUCAUCAAUUUCCUCAGAUCACGAGCCAGGACGGAUCGUCGCUUCAUGCUGGCGAUCGGUAUAGUAAUAUCACUAGCCAUGGUCCUCUACUGAUGUUCGGUAACAAUGCUGUAGACACGAAAUCAUUACUGGACCAGCUCCAGCAAGUGUUCGUGCAAAACUAUCAACCACACGAAGCAGAUGUGCUAGGGAGCAAGAUAGAGGAGAUCAAUAGGCGUAUCCAAGAUCUCGAGAGUUCUCGACCAACACAAGAGAUUAUUGCAGUCAAACCUACAGCCAGCGCUAGUGAUGUGACGAACAAGCAAGGAAUUGCUGCUUAUGAGACUGAUGAUUCGAUCGUGAAGUUCAAGGUGCAGUUCGUUGUGCGUGUCGAAGUCGCUCUUGUGAAGUCCCUUAUAACACUGUACGAUCGAGAAGUUCGCUUCAUCAUCGACCUAAACUCAUCGCACAGAGGUUUGAUACACACAAUUCACAUCAAGUGCAACGGAGGUACCGGCAACUACGAUGCCAUCUUUCCAAUUCGCUGGUCGAAGUGGAAAGGCAAUUACGGUCUGGUAAUGAGGUUUUGCGUCUACUUGAAAAGAGGCUGGACUUUUGUCGACGAGGAAGAAUUUCAUUAUGGUCCUGUUGAAGGCACUAGUAGUCUCCAGGGAAGCAGGAGCGACAAGGGCCACUAUUGCGUUGCCAAAUUCGGCAAUCAGUCAGAUGACAACCUCGACCUCGUGACAGCGAACAAUGUACAUCAAAUCGAAAGAUUGGUCCGGAAGUGCUACAGUACAUGCUGUGCGGCGGAUGUAUAUUAUGAGUGA